AUGCCAGUGCGCCGCAGUUGUUCUUCGUUCAACAUCCUGUUGUUGACGCUGUGCGUGCUGCUGCUGCUUUGCUGCGCUGCCUUGAUGGCACUGAUGUGGGCGGACACUCGGCCACCAGACCACGAUGAGGUGGAGGCAGCGCGGCUGUACGGCGAGAUGGCGAUCACGCACGGAGUACAGUUCAGCCACGAUCUGCGCAACCACAGCAGCAUUGCCUUUAAAUCUCUGGCCUUCGACAUUCAGCAAAUGGUGCGAGAAGCAUUUAGUCACGGUGGGCUCAGCCGGCGCUUCAUGUCAUGUGAUGUCAUCAGAUUCGCUCAGGGCAGCGUGCUGGUGACCUUUGACCUGUGGUUCACGCAGAUGGUGGAUAGCCAGGAGGCAGAGCAGGAGAUGAAGGCAGGUCUAGAGGAGAGCGGAGGAUUGGUCAUCGACAGAGACAGCAUCCACAUAACCGAAAAACACGAGGAGGUGACAACUACUACAACAGAGACACCAACGACGACACUUCCUCAUCUCAUGUGUCCGUCUGUGCGUCCAGUCGCGUGUCCGCCUUACUACGCUUCCUGCUACCACUCUUCUACUUGCAUCCACAUCGACCACCUGUGUGACGGCAUUGAGGACUGCGCCGAUUCUUCUGACGAAGAUGCUGCUCGUUGUGCUACAACCUGCGACGGACAGUUUUUGCUGCUUGGGCCAACGGGGUGGUUCGCUUCAACUGCAAACAGUAGUUUCUGUCGCUGGAUCAUCAGAGUCCAGAAGGGAUUUUCCGUUCAGGUCGAUUUCCAUUGGUUUGAAAGCAGAGAGUAUGUUGACAUUGUGAGACUUUACGAAGGAGUUGGUGAUGAGAAAAAAAUGGCAGCUGAACUAUCGGGCUCCACCCCCCCUGGAACUGUGUGGCUGUUGUCCAACAAUUCCACAAUCGAGUUUUCCUCAGACAAUAUUGAACCUCUGUCGGGAUUCAAUGCCACAUUCAGUGCCAGCGACCUGUCAGGACUCUCAGAUUCGGAGAAGCUAACAUGCACUUUUGAGCGUGGCCUUUGCCUCUGGAGGCAGGAAUACGAAGACGACGGUGACUGGCUUCGGAGCAGAGGGGCCACAUUCCCACCACUCAGUGGCCCAAGUGUAGACCACACACUGGGAAACGUGUCAGGUUUCUAUUUGGUCACUCCUCAGAGUCCUGGCCAGUGGCUGAAGAGAUUCAGGAUGCACAGCCUACCAUUGAUUCCACCCUCCCAGCCCAUGUGCCUGCGCUUCUGGUAUCACAUGUUUGGAGAAGACGUCCAUGGUCUUCAAGUGUUACUACUCGGUUCAUCUCCAGAUGCUGACGUGGUGUUCCGCAGGGAUGGUAAUUAUGGUGACAAUUGGAACUAUGGACAAGUGCUCCUCAACUUCACGGCAGAAACACAGGUUGUGUUUGAAGCUCUCAAGAGAGGCGGAAUAAGGAAUGACAUUGCAUUGGAUGACAUCUCAUUGACAUCAGAGCCCUGUGGCCCUGCUCCCCCUGAGCCCACUUUAGUGCCGACUCCAACUCCUGUACCCACCAUACCAGCCGAUUGCGGCGGUCCUUUUGACUUAUGGGAGCCAAACUCCACAUUUAACUCGCCAAAUUACCCACAAUCUUACGGGAACAGAGCUCGCUGUAUGUGGACACUCCACGCUGUCCCAGGUCGAAACAUCCAAGUCCACUUCUUGGAUUUGGAUGUUGAAGAAAACUACGACAUUGUAGAAGUGCGUGAUGGAGUGGGACCCAACUCCACAUUAAUGGCCGUUCUCACUGGCAGUGGUGGACCGGACCAUGAUUUGUUUUCAACGACCAAUCAGGUGACAGUCUGGUUCUUCACGGACAGCUCAGGUCAUGGACGAGGGUUCAAAGCCAACUUCACCUCCGGGGUCAGCCUGGGUUCUCCAGAGCCAUGUGGAGUAGACCAGUUUCAGUGUCGGACAGGCAGCUGUAUCCACAAAAAUCGUCAGUGUGAUGGGACAAUUGAUUGUAGUGAUGCUUCGGAUGAAGCUAACUGUGUUGUGUUGCAGAUGAACACUUCCAGUCGUCUCCAGUUUCAGAUCGGCUCCUCUCAGUUCACUGUGUGUGCAGACACCUGGACCCCGCACCUGUCUCACUUCACCUGUCAGUACCUGGGAUACAGGUCCGGGGAGGCCACUCUGCUUCCAGCAAUGCUGGGAGAUUCACCCUUCACCAGUGUCAAACUCACCAAUAAUGGAAGUCUGGAAACAAGUGUGAGUGACAGCUGUGUUGGUAACCAGGUGAUUUCCCUUCACUGUGACAACGAACCAUGCGGUGUUCGUUUGGGUACUAAUGAGACCACGGACCAAUCGGAAAUCAUAGACGAGGAGGUCAGAGUGGUGGGCGGAGCAGAUGCUGCCGAAGGGGCGUGGCCAUGGAUGGUGUCGCUACACUGGAAUGGACGGCACGUGUGCGGUGCAACGUUGCUCGGUCACCGUUGGUUACUGACUGCCGCCCACUGUGUAUACGGGAAGGACCGCCCCCUGAGCCGGUGGUCGGCCAAGUUGGGUCUUUUAGCUCAGAGCCACGCCAGUGACACGCACUCGUUUCAAAUUGAUGGCGUGUUCAUGAACCCGCACUACAAUAGACUCAGUAAAGAGGCAGACAUCGCCAUGAUGCGCCUCAACACACCUGCAAACUUCACUGAUCUGAUCCAGCCAGUGUGUUUGCCCAAAAAUGAUCAAGAGUUUCCAGCAGGAAGAAAAUGUUGGAUUACUGGAUGGGGACGACAGGAAGAGCAGGGUUCCCUUCCAGAUGUCCUGCAGGAGGCCAAGGUUCCCCUGGUGGACCGGGCCUCAUGCCAGCGGGACUUGCCUGAAUACACUAUCACUUCAAGCAUGUUGUGUGCGGGCAUUCGAGAAGGCGGCGUCGAUUCAUGUCAGGGUGACUCCGGAGGUCCGCUCAUGUGCGAGGAGGAGGGACGCUGGACUCUGACUGGUGUCACAUCCUUCGGGAUCGGUUGCGGUCGACCUGAGAGACCUGGAGUUUACGCUAGAGUCUCGGCUUUCAUCCAAUGGAUCGCGGAAACGCGACGUUCUUAUUGAUCUUCCAUCAAGACCUUAACAAACCUCACUUCUUCUUG